AUGGCCAUCCUCAAAGGUCCUUCAAGCGGAGCCAUGGGAGGCCCCCGCCCUCCUGCCGGAAGCAGGGACAAAGUCCACUCCUCACACAUCACAAUGGCUGUUCCAUCCGAGCCAGGCCCAGCUCAGAACUGGCCAAGACUGUCCCAGCAGCACCUCCUCUUGGAAGCCCUCCCCCAAGUGGCCGCUGCACGGCUUGCUCUGCAACCCCUGGCGUCCCCUAACCCCGGCCCCCAAAGGAAGCCAAAGUCUAGGAUCAUCACAGUCCCCCCUCCACCUCACUCGUCCAGAGCAGACCGAGCCUUUGGUUCAGAAGGUGCAAACCUGUACACCAGCAUGCCUAGUAUAACGACUCCCAAGCCGGUGCAGACCACAUGUCCCUACUGCAGGAGGGUCAUCCUCACGGUGACCUCCACUACCCCAGGGGUGCUCAUCUGGCUGCUGUGUGCUGGUCUCUUUCUGUAUGGGUUCUCCAUGGGCUGCUGCUUCAUGCCCUUCUGCAUCGGGGACCUGAUGGCCAUGAAGCACUCAUGCCCCAUGUGCAAGCGUGAGCUCUACCACUACCGUCGCCUGUGA